GGUGUACUCCUCGACAUUGAUACUUAUUUUACGCCCCCUUUCAUUUGAUUGCAUCGCCCUAAAAUUUAUCAUGAUGAAACCCUAGACAGAAUCCCAAUUCGUCACCAUAAACCCCGUCAGCUCUCCCUCACCCUACUCGAUCUUCUACUAAGUAAUCAAUUAGGGUUUCAUACAUUCUUUGCUUACCUGCAAUCCCAGUCAUGGACGCCCAAAGAGCCUUGCUAGAUGAGCUCAUGGGUUCAGCUCGCAAUUUGACUGAAGAAGAGAGAAGGGGACACAAGGAGAUCUCUUGGGAUGAUAAGGAAGUAUGUGGCUUCUACAUGGUGAAAUUUUGUCCUCACGAUCUGUUCGUGAACACUCGAAGUGAUCUAGGUCCAUGCCCUAAAAUCCAUGAUCCGAAGUUGAAAGAAAGCUUUGAGAGUUCUCCAAGGCAUGAUUCUUAUGUGCCAAGAUUUGAAGCAGAACUUGCUCAUUUCUGUGAAAAAUUGGUGAUGGACUUAGAUAGGAGAGUUAGACGUGGACGUGAGAGACUUGCUCAAGAGGUUGAAGUUCCUCCUCCUCCACCAAUUCCAGCUGAGAAAUCCGAACAACUAUCUGUUCUAGAAGAAAAAAUCAAGAACCUUCUAGAAUCAGUGGAGGCACUUGGGGAAGCUGGCAAGGUAGAUGAAGCCGAAGCACUCAUGAGAAAGGUGGAUCUGCUUAACAUUGAGAAAACAGCAUUGACCCUUCAACCACAGAAUGAAAAAGUUCUAAUGCUUGCACAAGAAAAAAAAAUGGCUCUUUGUGAAACAUGUGGUUCCUUUUUGAUAGCAAAUGAUGCUCUUGAAAGAACCCAAUCCCAUGUCACUGGAAAACAGCAUAUCGGUUAUGGAUUGGUCAGAGAUUUCCUUUCUGAAUACAAAGAGGCAAAGGAGAAGGCAAGGGAAGAGGAAAGAUUGGCAAGGGAGAAAGAAGCAGAAGAAAGAAGGAAACAAAGAGAAAAAGAAAUUGAAGGUAAACACAGAAGUGGAUCUGCUGACAGGGACAAGAAUCGUUACAGUGACAGGUCAUCACGUGAUCGAAACCGAGGAUCUCGGGAUUCUGGAAGAACAUCGGAUCGUAGGGCCCACAACAACAGUUACAGAAAUGGUGGUGGUGGUGGGGACAGGAGAGGGGAUAGAUACAGGGACAGAAGCAGGUCUCGUUCCCCUAGACAUGGUGGAAGAAGGAGGUCAUCCAGAAGUCCGUAUUAGUGAGAGAGAAAGAUUGUAGAAAAAUCAAAAAUGUCAAAGUCAGAAGAGUGAAGUGAAGAGAACCUGUUUUUUGUUCUCACAGCUUUGUUGAGAUAUAACUAAAGGAGAAAAAGAGUCUAAGGGAGGGGUAGUUUAUACAAAUAGAACCACAAAGAUUUGGUGAAAGAAAUCAUCAUGAUGGUUUUCCCAUGGUUUGAGCCUCUGAAUCUGAAUCUGAAGUUGCUUUUUGUAUGUGUUGAAUGAUUCUUUUACAAAAAAGGUGUUGAAGAAGCUCAUAGAGGUAACCAAAGCUUGAAACUUGAAACUGUAACGUUUUGUUUUUGCAGGAAAGUUGGAUCACAUUUGUGAUCAGUUUAAUACUUUGCUAUUAAACUGUUUUGAUUAUUUGGGAUAGUAUUAAGGUUGAAAAUUUACAAGAG